GCUCAAAAGCAAAAAGUCAAAAUCUUCGUAGACGACCGACAUCUUUUCCUCGGUGCGACUUGAAGUGCAAGAAGCAGGUCCUCCGUAUCAGCCAGCGAAAAAUUCCAGCCGAACCAAACGAAAAUGCUGUCCAGAGCGGUGCUUUUGUCAGCUGCCAAGAAGCCAGCAGCACUUGUUCUGGCUCGCGGUGCUGCCAGCCAGCCUGAACGUCCGAAGCGGCCAGAGCAUGGAGGAAAGGUUCGUCUCGGUUUCUUGCCGGAAGAAUGGUUCACCUUUUUCUACAACAAGACGGGAGUUACCGGUCCGUACGUGUUUGGUGCCGGUCUUUUGACUUACCUGUGCUCCAAGGAAAUCUACAUUAUGGAACACGAAUACUACAACGGUCUGUCGCUGGCCAUCAUGGUUGUGUACGCCGUAAAGAAGUUCGGACCCUCUUUGGCCGGCUAUCUGGACAAGGAAGUCGACAAAAUCGAAGAUGAGUGGAAGGAAAGCCGCGAGAACAACAUCCAGCAGCUGACCCAAGCCAUCGAGGAUGAAAAGAAGGAACAGUGGCGUGCAGAAGGCCAGACGAUGCUAAUGCAGGCCAAGAAGGAGAACGUUGCACUUCAGCUGGAAGCCGCCUAUCGCGAACGUGCCAUGAACGCUUACCAAGAAGUGAAGAAGCGUCUGGACUACCAGGUCGAGCGCCAGAAUGUGGAUCGUCGCAUCUCGCAGAAGCACAUGGUUGACUGGAUCGUGAACAAUGUGGUAAAAUCGAUCACGCCAGACCAGGAAAAGGAGAACCUAAACAAGUGCAUUGCUGACCUCGGUGCACUGGCUGCUAGAUCGAAGUAAAUCAUGUUUUAGCGCUUCUGUUAGCCUAUGGUGGGCAUGGCGCAGAAUUGAAAUCAACAAAUUGUUAGAAUGUGCAAUGCACUGCGUUAGACGUCUGCGGAACACGGGCUCAUUAGCAUCGUGUAUCGAUGUAGCUACCAACAAACAACACGUCUAUAAGUAAUAAACGAUAUCGAUACUUGUCACAGUAA